GAACUGUUACGUUAUGCAAUAAGAAAAUUAACCUAUUUCGGGGUUGCAACAGAUGUGUGAGUGUAAUUUUGUUGCUAGUGUAAUGCUAAAAUAUUUAUAAUACUUAGUUUUCCAUAUUUUUCGUUUUGUUGAAAUACCAAAUACAUAUAAUUUUAAUAUUAAAAGAAUUAAUCGUAAAAAUUGUCGCAUAUGUUAUUCGUUUGAACGUCAUGUAUUCUGUGGCUAAAAAUCCAAGCAAAAUUGUUGCAAAAACAAGAGGAUAUUCUCAAAACUAUGACAAUUUUGAAUCAAUUAAAACAAUUGGAAGAAGAAAAUGGGUUAUAAAUGGGUCUGAACUAAUAAAUAUGCCUCGACCUGUCUUUCAAACGAUUAAAAAAUCCAUAGCUUAUGAUAAGUUGAUGGAAAAGGAAAUUAUAUCUCCUCAACAUGAAGAAAUCAUUAAAUAUAUCAAUGACUCUUGGAACGUUAUAGUAGCAGAUAAUCCAUACGAUUUGAAACCGGAUGUAAAUGCAGAUAAUACUUCAGUUGUUAUGACUCCACCAAUUACUUCAACUAUUCAGCUUCAGUAUUCGCAACACUCAGUAGCUUCACUGUAUUGUGUGGAACCACCAAAUCCAGUUCUAACGGACUUCAAACCAUUUGAUUUGGAGUCGUGGUGGGGAAGACGCUUAUUUAACAAUAUAACAAAAAGCCCCUAGAUAUAUUAAAUAUUUUUAGUAGUUAAUUUUAAUGCAAUAUUUUAAGGAAAAUGGCACAUAAUGAUUCAGUGAUGACAAUAAAUUUAACUUGCAUUUUUGACUGAAUAAAAUUAAA